AUGAACUCAGAUACAAAUAUGCAAAUGAUGUCAAAGGUCUCGAUACCACCGAUAUGGUCCAUACUGAAGGGAAGAGAUGACGAGGAUGUCACGUCGCCCAGGUACACAAAGGGCAAACAGCUGUCGAUGCUGUCGUCGCAUGGUUCUGAUUCCUUAGAGACUUCCCCAAGAACAAGCAUCACUUCCCAUGACUUGACCCAGAGCAGUAGUUCCAGCGGCGUGUCCAGCAAUUACACAACAAUAACAGAAGCGGAGUUUUACAGUAGAUGCUCUACCAAUUUAGAGAAACUGAUAAUAGAGAAAAACGAGAUUAGCAAACAGCUGGACAGCUAUAAAGCAGUGACAAAGGACUCACUGGUGUCAUCAGAUUUCAUCAAGGAGUUCAGCGACAGAUUGAUAUCGAUUCAGAAAUCGAUAGACGAAAUAACCAAGUUGCAGCAUGACUACGAAAUAGCAACACAACAGGAGAAAAUCAGAAUCCUCGCAUGCCAGUACCCUUCUGGCUCUUCCAGAAGCUCGUACGUAUCACCAGAACAGAAAUUCCUGCCUUCUUUCAAAAAUCUGGCCUCACAACCACAACAGCAACAGCAUCAACAACAGCAACAACAGAACACUACAUCAUCGUCACCAAAUCAGAUAUCGUCACCAACAACAGUACCACAGACUUCAGCGUACCAAAGACAACCAGUGUCUCAUUCGAUACCCUCAAUACAUUCUUUAUCAAACCCAGUAUCAAGUCCGCUAGUGCCGACAUCGAACAGAACUCUGCAACUGAAAUCCCCUAACCAGACAAAGAUACUCGGGCCCAACGAACUGGCCAACCCAGCUCAACAACAACAUUCAUACAUACAAUACACUCAAGGAGAAUACCCUUCAUAUGGAUACCAAAAACAAUUCGUAAAUGCAUAUCAAAACACAAGAAACUCAGAAGGCCAGAUUUUCCAAGUAGGAAAUGAGAACAGAAGCAAAUCAUUGAACGUCGCCAGUAUAUUAAUGGAUAGCCGCCGAGGUAGCUUGCCCUUCCCAGCCUACGGAAACUUACAGCCAACGUCCUAUGCUGUACACUCUCCGAUAGGUGGGAACUUGUUCCACAGUUCAUACCAGUUUUCUGCAGGAUCUCCAACAAUGACAGGAUAUAAGUCCGCUACGACUGAUGCAAUGAGUGCAGUUCCAGGAAGUGGAAUCAUAAACGAUAAAUCACCUAGCUUGAGCAAUGUGCUUGAUUCCUAUUCUGUAACUAAUCCUGGACCCAAGAAGAGGGGAAGGAAAAAGAAAAUUAAAGAAGGUAUAGUAUCAUCAUCUUUCAGCUCAGGUUUACCAAUUCCCCAUUCCUUGGCGUUAGCAAAUGCAGAAACUCUCAAACCACAACACAUAAACUCUCUAUCAAAAAACAUUAACAACAGUGCGGGCACUGUAGUAAUGACUUCAUGUUUACAUUGUGGUGAGAAUCACACUCCUGAAUGGAGAAGAGGGCCAUACGGAAAUAGAACACUUUGUAAUGCCUGCGGUUUGUUUUACAGAAAAGCGAUAUCCAAAUUUGGGGUAAAAAAUGCUAACUUAUUAUUAAGAUACAGAAAGCGUAUAAGCAAUACUGCUAAUAGAAGGGUACCCAAGAUGUUGAAGAUCCCUAUCGGAAUAAUUGAAGAGUUUGAUGCAGAUCCUUAUCUUGAUAGUAACUACAACACCAUAAGGAAAGAAGAGUAA